AUGGGCAAUGCCCCUCUCAGCUGGUAUUCCCACCGGGAGUUCUCUCCGUCCUCCUACUUCCCAAUCUCACCGCCGUCGUCCACGUUUGGAUCCUUUUCGUCCCAAGACGAGGAACCCGUCGAGGAUCCCGUCCGCUUCCUUAGAGAGUUCUUGGAAUACAUUCGAAACAAGUACCAGGAACGAGCCAGAUGCCUCCACCGCGCCGCCAGCCCUUUCUGGCCGCUCGAUGUCCCUCGGGAGGCGCCGGCGCAGGGCACCGGCAGCCGUGACCCCGCCGAAGAUCCCGUCUUCCUCGCUCUACUCCAGUACCUGAUCGAGGCCACCACCUCGGUAGGCCUCGGCUAUCCUCUGAGCAGGGGUGUCGCGCAUCUGUUCCUCCGUGCUCUCCGCGGUGACAUCGCGGGAGUGGAGGCCUUAGCCCGCUUUACGGGCCCCUAUGAUGUAUUCUCUGCAUACAGGAUUCGUGCACUCGGCCGGAAGAUAAAGCUGCUUGGCCAGCAGUUCAGAGCGGUGGGGAUGAAGUGGAAGGGUGUGCUCGAUGAGGACGAGGAGGAUGUUGGUUCGAUCAGGCCAGCUGGUGAUGCCGAUGAUGGCGGCAGAUCUUCGUUGGGAUCAACCAUUGGGAUAGAUUUAGGAACCUCAUACUCAUGUGCUUCUGUUUACGAGAAUGGCUUGCCGGUGAGCUUGCUCAAUGACAAGGGCAAGCAUAUGACCCCAUCGUGGGUGGCCUACACCGAUGAGAGGCUAAUUGGCGAGGAUGCGGAGAAUCAGGCAACCGUGAAUGCCGAAAGAGCCAUUUUUAAUGUCAAACGACUAAUUGGAAGAAAGUUUGAGGACCCAGAUGUACAGGAUGACAAGGAGCUUGUUCCAUACGAGAUUGUUAACACGGAUGGUGAGCCCUAUAUUAAAGUGACGACAGAGGGUGGUACGCGGUCUGGCAUUUUCAGUCCCGAGGAUAUUAUCGCACUUAUUAUUGCAAAAAUAAAGGAGAAUACUGAACGCGCAGCUGAUAUGACAAUCAAGGAUGCCGUUGUUACCGUUCCAGCUUACUUCGAUGAUGCUCAGCGACGAGCUGUCAAGAAUGCAUGCGACAAAGCUUGCUUAAAUGUGGCCGGAAUAAUCAACGAACCAACAGCUGCUGCUAUUGCGUAUGGUCGAUAUAAACAGGAGGGUAAGAAAAACAUCCUUGUUUUUCACCUUGGUGGCGGGACGUAUGAUGUCAGCAUCUUGAGUAUUGAUAAUGGAGCUUUUGUGGUUCUAGUGACAAAUGGUGACAAGCUAGGAGGUGAGGACUUUGACAAGAAAAUCAUGCGCUACUUCAUAAAUUUGAUCAAUGAGAGGCAUGGAAAGGACAUCAGCAGAGACAAUCAAGCUCUUGGGAAGUUGAGGAGGAAAUGUGAAAGGGCCAAGAGAGUUUUGAGUAACCAGCAAGAAGUUCAAGUGGAGAUUGAAUCUCUCUGUGAGGGUUUUGAUUUCUCUGAGCCACUGACACGGAACCUUUUUGAAGAGUUGAAUGAAGAUUUGUUCAUCAGGAUCAUGUGGCUUGUUAACAAAACCAUGGAAGAUGCUGGACUGAACGAGUGUCAAAUUGAUGAAGUUGUUCUCGCAGGUGGGAGUUCCAGGAUUCCUAAGAUUCGGCAGCUCUUGGAGGAGUACUUUCGUGGAAAGAGGCCAAAAGUAGAGGCGGUCGUAGAUGGAGCAGCUGCAGAUGGUGCAGCUAUAGCAGGAGGCAUUCUAAGUGGGAACGUCUGUGCUUUUACUGAAGAUAUGCUUAUUGUGGAUGUGGCACCUUCUACCACCGGAACUGGAGCAAUGACCACAUUGAUUCACAGGAACAUCACGAUCCCACCCAUGGAAUCUCCAGUUUUCACCACUCACCAGGAUCAGCAGACUACUGACCCCACUCAGGUCCUUGAGGAAGCGAGUAGUUUCAGAGAGGACAACUGUGUUCUUCUUCGUAACAAGUGUGCAGCAGCUUGGUUGUUACUGCGCUUUGGUGAACAAUUGAGUCAGCCUGUUUCCAUAAAAGGUCUUGUAGUUACAUGUUUCUUGCUUGCCAGAUCAUUAGUAAUGCAUUGA